AUGCAGCUUUACUGUACCCCAAGCUGCUGUCCAUACGACGCCAAGUGCGGAAACAGUCUGGAGGAAUCGACCAAAGUGUACUUGGCGAGAAACACGCGUACGCUCCAGUUGUCUGUGGUCGCUGUUGAGGACAUUGAUGCGGGUGAGGUGUUGGGCCAGUACUUAGGCGAGUUCGAGCACAGAGGCCAAGCCAACCCAAUUCGUGUCGCCGUCAACGCUGCUGAAAUGGGUGGAUUGAUGCGUUUCGUGAACCACUCGUGUUCACCGGUCGCUCAGUUCGUCGAGGUCGCGAACGGGCGCCGCACCACGGUUAUUGUCGCCACUACCGAGGUCGUGCGCGAAGGAGAGGAGAUCACCGUUGACUACGGCGGUGAUCUUUGGUUCGUGUGCCGCUGUGGACUCCCAUCUUGUCGUCAUCAUGAGAUCCAGGACCAGCGCGAUCCGGCGCGCUGCUGCAGCGCGCCUUCGGAAGCACAGCAAUCGACGUCCCCAGAGCUCUCAUUCUCGGUUCUACUCCCAACUGAGCAACCCCAAGCCCCGUUCCCGACCAAGUCUUCGUCUUCGACCCCCUCCUGCGCUCUCUCCGCCCCGAUGGCUAAACUAACAGGAAGCACUAACUACAAGUUCACUGAAGUGCAACGCCUGCUGAGUCUUGUUGCCAAGUUCUUACCUCUUGGCAAAGACGAGUGGGAGCGUCUUGCCAGCUCGUACAACUCGAACCGCGGUCGUGGCAUCGCUGAGCAAGACUACGAGAGUCUCCGGCGCAAAUUCAAGAUGCUGUACAAGAUCAAGCAAAGUAUCGACGAUAAGGCCAGUGUUGAGGAGAUGGACGACGGAGCCGACGUUGAUGCUCAAGAGGAGGAAGAGGGUGAGAGCCCACAGAUCUUUGUUUUGACUUCGAAGCAUGUUGCCCAACCUGACACCAUCGACGGAACCACCAACUUCGACGAGCUACUCGAAUCGGCCGCUGUUCACGAAGGGUUAGAGGCAUUUGCUAGCACCCCCAGGCCACCCCCAGGCCACCACCCGGAUCCGACGGAUCCACUCAACGCCAACUUCGAACCGGAGAAGAGCUCUGUAGGCCGUUCUCGUCGUACUGCGGAGUCGAAGGGCUAUAUCAGUACCCCAAACCGACUUGGAGGGGGCAAUCUGGCUGCGUUUCGUGAAACCAUUGACCGCAAACGAGGUGCCGAUGAUGACGACGAUCUUCACGAGGCAAGUUACGCCAAGAGCGACUUGGAAAACACGUCCGGGGCCAUGGGAAUCAACAUUGUCGAGCUGAUGAUCCUUAUGCGUGAGGAUACCGAGCGCAGGGAUGAAGUUCGCCGUGCUGAGGAAGAGCAGCGUCGCUGUGACGACAUUUUGGCGCGCGAGAUGCGUUACAACGCCGAGAAGAAGAAGGCUGAAGAGCGACGUCGCCAGGAGAAGUUGGAGACGGAGGAGCGAUCCCGUCGUGACAAAGAGGAGGCUUGCGCACGCUCCCAGGAACUGAUGCCCUUCAUUAGUGCACUCGUGAAGAAGGAGUAA